GACCUGCGGGCAAAUGGCUCAAUUAUCACCGCGGCACCCUCCCCUACCGGUUUGUUGCCCGGGUCAGAGCCUUUAUUUUGGAAACAGCACAUGGCGUCGCGAGCUCGCCCCCGGUGACACCACUGCGCGCGCAGCCACAGGUGGUGUCGAGGCGUGUCACUGUGGUAUCUGAAGCAACGGAGGCGAGAGACGAGAGACACCGAGCGCCUCGUCACCGCUUCAGCGCUCCCGCUUUUCACGGAGAAAUCCCCCGAAGCUGCUCCCCGCUUCGCUUCGUCCGCAUUUUGGAGGCGGUCGUUGUCUCCGGCUGAGGUGGACUGGGAACCUGCCGUCUCCGGGGCGUGUGCGCCGUCAGCGUCUUGUCGAGGACCGCGCAAAGACUUAACAGGUGGAGAAAGGCCCCUUUCUAAAUCGCACUGCACUCACCUGGGGUUUUGACAAGUGAGUGUGCUGACCUUAUCACUCAAUGGCGCUGACAGUGAACCUGAUUGGCCCUUCACCAUGGGGCUUCAGAAUAUUUGGAGGAAGGGACUUUAAGAAGGCCAUAACUGUAUCAAAGGUCAAUGGGGGCAGCAAGGCAGAACAGGCAGACAUGCAACCUGGCGACGUUAUCUUGGAGAUCAAUGGGGAAAACACGGCUGACAUGCUGAACGUGGAGGCCCAGAACAAGAUCAAGAACUCAAAGACCCAUCUGCAGCUAGUGGUGGAAAGACGCGAACCUUCUAACCCUGGACAGACCAAUGGCAUCAGCACCCCUGAACAGCUCACCGGACGCUUUCAGGAGGCAGUCAUAGUGAGUCGAGAUGAGAACCAGAACUACAGAGAGUAUACCAUAUACAGCCCUGCAUCACUGUCCCCUGGACCUCAUUCCCCGGAUCCUCCUGCCAGCCCCAACGGGAAGAGGGAGAGGCUGACACCCACCACCAACAAGAGUGUCCAACUGCGCUCGUGGUCUCCAGAGGACAAGAGUAACAGGCUGUCAAGACCACUGUCACAGGAGUUCUCCCCUUCAGACUACAGAAAUAACUCUGUGUCCAGCAGAACCCCAACCCCACCAGGACGCUACUCACCCCAUAGUCCCAUCGAUCGGGAUGUACCCAUGUCUCCCCGACGCAGUUCGAGUUCUGACUUUGCCAUGCAAAGGUUUGACAGGGACUCGGAGGUAUACAAGAUGAUCCAGGAGAACAAGGAGUCCCGCACAGCACCUCGUCAGUCCAACACCUUUAAAAUGCUGCAAGAGGUCCUGGAGGCUGAUGAGAAAGAGGCAGCCGUGCGGUUCCCAGGGAAACUUUCGCCCAACGCCCCCAAACCGAGCACAUCGGUGGGAGGAGUCAGCAAAUAUCACACCUGUGAGAAGUGUGACACCAGCAUUGUCACACAGGCCGUGCGCAUCACGGACGACCGCUUCCGCCACCCAGAGUGCUACACCUGCACAGAUUGUGGUCUUAACCUCAGGAUGAGAGGUCACUUUUGGGUUGGAGAUGUGAUGUACUGUGAGAAGCACGCCAAACAGAGGUACCUAGGCCCAGGUAGUUCCCCCCAAGCCACUGUGUCCCCCCGCCAAUGAGUACGCCACUCCAAAUCUGUGCCGCUUGUCUGCCUGAAGAUCCACAUCAUCUGACUCAGUUUAUAGACCUUGGGAUGGGGCGUGGAGGUUGACACUGGUCAAUGAUAUGGCAGAGGAUGUUCUUUUCUGAUCACAUUUAACUAUACUUUGCAAUAUUAUGAUUCGCCUUCUUGCCUUUCUUAUAACUGUAUCAGAAUUUGGGCUUUGUUUUUCAUAAGGCCCAGCCUCCACAGUCUAUUUAGCUUAAUCUUAGCUCUAAUGAUGCACAGCUGCCAUGGACUCAAGCCACAAUACAUUUUACUAAGGCGGGAUUUACAUAACAACAACGCUUUAGACAAACUCAGCAGGACUGGCUCUGACUCUGAGGAUCCGGAUAAUCAUUUGAAUCUCCUGCUGACACAAAGGGACCAAAAUCUCACCUACACUGCAUGCCGUUUAAAAAAAAAAUAAAU